AUGAAAGUAGUCCAUCUCCGAGCGCGUAAUCGCGUACGCUCGCCCUACGAGCGGAACCCUUACCGCCUCAUUUCCCGAAUGGAGAUAGAUGCCAUCCCUCCUUGGAGGGUGAAGUUCUCGGACUGCGAUGAAGGCGGCGGGGGACUCCAGUGCAAAGUAGAACGCCAAUCCGUUGAUACAAAGCUUUGGGACCUCAGACGAGGUUUUAUCUACGCACGCAACGACGCUCUCCGUUCUGCGCAAUUCACGCGCCCUGCGAAAGACGAAACCAGGGUCCUCACUACGAAUCGCGCAACGCCUGAGAUCGAUCGUGGGUCCCAGACCCCGCGCGCUGUGACAGAAGCCUGUGAUGAAGUCGGCGCGCCGCUGACCGACAAGCCAUCAGACGGCGACAAGGACACUGGUACUGUCGAGGCGGCGACAACGUUUGACUUCGAUCGCGACCCCCAAACCGCGCCUACCGUGGUGAACGCUACUGAAGUAGGUAGCCCGCUUUGCACCAUGUCCUCAGAUGAUAGCGUGGACACUCGUAAUGUCGAGGCGACGACGUCUGAGAGCGACUCCCAGACCGUGCCCGCCGUGGAAGGAGCUAUUCAUGAUGGCGCGCCGCUGAGCGCCGGGUCUUCAGACAGCGACAGGGACACUCGUACAGUCCUGGUGACGACCACUGAAGUUGGUUAUCCAUCUGUCCUCCCACAUGCUGGUGACGCGUCUUCGCUUGCCAAGGUCUCCCAGAUUGCAUCACCAGAAUGUGUCUACGAUGGCAUAUCAAGGUCCCCUAUCGCGCGGGUCUCCGUACAAGAUGCCGCAACUUUCCCAGGCGAAGAACAGCUUAAGUCCCGAGGGGGUGCCUCGCAGACUUGCAACGAGGACUAUCGAGUCUCCGCACAGCGCAAUGUGUAUUCUCCUAUCGGACACUCUCAAGCCCAUGCUCCGAGCGCUAUAUCCACAUCCAUGCCCGCUGAGUGCAGCGGCAUCAUGCUUCCUGCUCCAGGUAGCAACCCAAGUCCCACCGUGGCGCAUACGGCCAUAUCUACCACUCGCGCAUCUGAAGACACACGUCGUCAAUCACUGGAUGGGGUCGGAGGCUCCGCCCCUCACGAAGGCGAGCGUUUGGCUAGUACACCGAGUUGGACUCGCAAUCGAAGUGCAAGUCCGCGCGGCGUAGAUAUGUCGGAGUCUAGGGACGUUCGCCCGAAUACUCAACGGAUCGCACAGGAUCAGGGCGCAACGAUCUCCUCUAGACACAAACUUCGGAAGUAUGGGGUCGAGAUGAAUUGCUUCAGGUCGAUUGGUGCAUCUACUCUUUCAACGCCGCACGUAACCGGUCGCACAAUGCCCGGAGACGUGUACCUUCAUCUAGGAGCUGGGACGGCCCAGCUCUGGUAUAAGGACUUGCAUGGAGUGUGGGCUGCAGCGCAAACGGGUAUGGAUCAUCCGGAAUACUCCGACUACUGCCUAAACAUCUCGUCGGACUUAUGGGGCCGCUGGGUCCUGAAAAAGACUGUCAGCACAUACAAAGGAAGAGAGAAGGCACGCUAUGGCAGCGCGACCAGCCUGCAUUAG